AUGAAUGAGGUCUUCGAGGUUCGUGAGAUGCCGGGUGGAACUGAGUAUGCCGUCGACCUCCGUCAACAACGAUGUGACUGUGGUGAGUUCCAGGUGGAUCAGAUUCCCUGUCGACAUGUUUUUGCAUGUUGUGCGAAUCAGCGACUGGAUUGGCGAGUGUAUGUCCACGAAGUUUACAAGAUGGACCAAGUUCGGAGGGUUUACCGAGCUAGGUUUCGGCCACUGGGGAAUCCCACAACGUGGCCUGUGUACAGCGGACCUCGAUUUGUCCCGAAUCCGAACCUGAGACGGGUGACGAAAGGUCGCCCGAGGAUGACACGUUUCUUGAACGAAAUGGACACACGAAUAUUACGUGCUCCUAGGCGUUGUAGGCAAUGUGUAGCCGAUGGACACAGCCGAAGUAGAUGCCGUCGGUCAGCUGGUGUAGGUCCCAGCAACCCAGGAUAG